AUGGAACUCUCCAGAUACCUCGCUCUCUUGGCGGUUGUCCUGCCCGUGGUCUACGGUGCACCGACCGAGACCUCAACCAGCCUCCACCCCAAGAUCCUGGCUGCCAUGAAGCGCGACCUUGGACUGGAUGCUGAGGCUGCCACUGCUCGUGUCGCCUUUGAGCACGCGGCCGUCGACAUUAUCGAGCAGCUGCGCACCUCCACCGGCGAUGCCUUCGCCGGUGCUUGGGUCUCGGACAACGGCACCACUCUCAAUGUUGGCAUCACCGAUGAGAGUCUAGCCGCCGAGGUGGUCGCUGCUGGCGCCACUCCGGCCAUCGUGUCCAGCAGCCUCUCCAAGCUUGAACAAGCCAAGGAGGCCCUUGACAAGCUGAACGCAGAUCAACCCGAGACCCUCAGGGCGACCUCGGCCAGCGCGGGCAUUGCUUCGUACUUUGUCGACGUGACUACCAACAAGGUGGUUUUGGAGGCACUUACCGACAGUGUCGCUCAUGCCGAGUCACUGGCCGCUCAGGUCGGGCUCGCCGAGUCUGAAUUCGAGGUGCGCACCGUCGAAGAGAUGCCAACCACCUUUGCGACAAUCCGAGGCGGCGACGCCUACUACAUCGGCUCCAGCAGCCGUUGCUCCGUCGGAUUCUCGGUCACGACGGGCUUCGUAUCCGCCGGCCACUGCGGUAACGUGGGUAGUGCAACCUACACCAGCGCAGGCGCGUCGCUUGGGUCCUUCGCCGGCAAGACCUUCCCAGGCAGCGCCGAUAUGGCUUUCAUCCGCACUGUCAGCGGACACACUCUCACGGGCACCAUCAACGGCUACGGCCGGGGUAACCUUCCCGUCUCGGGAAGCACCGCUGCUGGCGUUGGCUCCAGCAUUUGCCGUUCCGGCUCCACCACGGGCGUUUACUGCGGCACGGUCGGCGCCCUCGGUGCCACCGUCAACUACUCCCAGGGAAGCGUCACCGGUCUUACCCGCACCAGCGUGUGUGCCGAGGCCGGUGACUCGGGUGGUCCCUUCUACUCGGGAGCUCAGGGCCAAGGUGUCACCUCGGGAGGAUCUGGUAACUGCGCCUCCGGCGGCACCACCUACUUCCAGCCACUGGCCAGGAUCCUUUCUACCUAUGGUCUUACGCUUGUCAGGUCCUAA